AUGGCUCCCACCACCUACUUUCUCCUUGUUUCUUUUCUAGCAUUGGUCACUUCUCAGGCCAUUGCUUCUGACCCUAGCCCGCUCCAGGAUUUCUGUGUAGCCGACAUACACUCUUCGGUGAAGGUGAAUGGAUUUGUUUGCAAGGACCCUAUGGCCGUGAACGCAGAUGACUUUUUCAAGGCAGCAAACCUUGACAAGCCUAGGGACACAAUGAAAAGCAAGGUCGGAUCCAAUGUCACUUUGAUCAAUGUCAUGCAGUUGCCUGGACUCAACACCCUAGGCAUCUCACUGGCUCGCAUUGACUAUGCACCAUUAGGUCAGAAUCCGCCACACACCCACCCACGUGCCACAGAAAUUCUCACCGUGGUUGAGGGUACACUCUAUGUUGGAUUUGUCACCUCCAACACAGACAAUGGUAACAAGCUAUUCACCAAGGUUCUCAACAAGGGUGACGUGUUUGUGUUCCCCCAAGGGCUCAUACACUUCCAAUUCAACCCAGUCUAUGACAAGCCAACUGUCGCGAUCGCUGCACUAAGCAGCCAGAACCCUGGGGCUAUUACUAUUGCCAACGCGGUCUUUGGAUCAAAACCACCCAUCUCAGAUGAUGUCUGGCCAAGGCUUUCCAGGUGCAAAAGGGAAUAA